AUGGCUCCCGCAUAUAUUAAAGUCCCUUCCAAGGACAGCGACAAUGUCGCACUCUCCGUACCCAGAAGUCCAGGCGCCGGCGCCCAUUUCGCUACAACAACACUUCGCGUGGACGGCAUGACGUGCGGUGCCUGUACUUCUGCUGUUGAAGCUGGCUUCAAAGGUGUUGAUGGUGUCGGAAAUGUCUCAGUCAGCCUAGUUAUGGAGCGCGCAGUCAUAAUGCAUGACCCUCAAGUCAUCUCCGCCGAUGAUAUUAGAGAAAUUAUCGAAGACCGAGGUUUCGACGCCGAGGUGCUUACUACCGACCUCCCGAGCCCUGUCGCUAAGCGCUUUAUCGACCAAAACGUCAACGACGAUGACAAUGACUUUAUUACGACUACCAUUGCCAUCGAAGGCAUGACAUGCGGCGCCUGUACAUCGGCUAUUGAUGGUGGAUUCAAGGAUGUUCCUGGCAUCAAAUCCUUCAGCAUCUCUUUGCUCUCCGAAAGAGCCGUUAUCGAGCACGAUCCCGAUCUCCUUACAGCAGAACAAAUUGCCGAAAUUAUUGACGACCGCGGAUUUGAAGCUACAAUUGUCGAAUCUGGCAAGGUAGUAGCCGACAAGGCUGGAAAGGAUGCUGGAGGCGUUGGAAACAUUGCUAUCACGACCGUUGCUAUCGAAGGCAUGACAUGUGGUGCUUGCACAGCGGCUGUCGAGGGUGGAUUCAAAGGCGUGGAUGGCGUCCUGAAAUUCAACAUCAGUUUGCUCGCGGAAAGAGCCGUUAUUACACACGACGUCACCAAGCUCUCCCCGGAUCAAAUAGCAGACAUAAUCGACGAUCGAGGCUUUGAUCCGGAGGUUCUUUCUACUCAGGCUGCAACCGAUCACCAAAGCGGGUCAUCAUCUACUGUACAGUUUAGAGUCUAUGGCGUGCCCGACGCAGCAGCAGCGGAGAACCUGGAGGCUGCGUUGGCGGCCAUGCAUGGCGUCGAUACCGUUUCGCUACGCCUUGCUUCGUCACGCCUCACGGUCACCCACCAGUCGGGUGUCAUUGGUCUGCGCGCCAUCGCUGAAGCCGUCGAGGCCAAGGGAUACAAUGCGCUCGUUGCCGAAAACCAGGACAACAGCGCGCAGCUCGAGUCCCUAGCCAAGACGAGAGAGAUUGGUGAAUGGCGAACGGCUUUUCGAGUGUCGUUGGCUUUCGCCCUUCCUGUUCUUAUCAUCGGCAUGAUUUUGCCUAUGUGCGCACCGUCUCUAGAUUUCGGAAAGCUCGAGCUAAUUCCCGGAUUGUUUCUUGGUGAUACUAUCUGUUUGGUCCUUACAAUCCCCGUUCAAUUCGGUAUUGGAAAGCGCUUUUACAUCUCAGCAUGGAAGUCACUCAAACACCGCUCUCCAACAAUGGACGUUCUCGUCAUCCUCGGCACAUCCUGCGCCUUCUUUUACAGUAUUUUGACAAUGCUGGUUUCACUAAUAAUGCCCCCUCACAGCAGGCCUGGCACCAUCUUCGAUACUAGUACCAUGCUUCUUACCUUUGUCACUCUUGGUCGCUACCUUGAAAGCAGUGCUAAGGGUCAGACCUCAAGGGCCCUUUCGCGUCUGAUGUCCCUUGCUCCCUCUAUGGCUACGAUAUACGUUGACCCAAUCGCUGCCGAGAAGGCUGCCGAAGCAUGGGACAAGGACCCCAGUACCCCAAAGACCCCUAGGCUGGGCGGUUCAGCUCAAGAGGAGAAGUGCGUCCCUACCGAACUCUUGCAAGUAGGUGAUAUUGUGAUCCUUCGACCCGGUGAUAAGCUCCCCGCCGACGGUGUUUUGGUUCGAGGUGAGACCUUUGUCGAUGAGAGUAUGGUUACUGGUGAGGCGAUGCCCGUUCAAAAACGAGUAGGUGAUAACGUCAUUGGCGGAACAGUCAAUGGCGAUGGUCGAGUAGACUUCCGAGUCACUCGGGCUGGUCGUGAUACUCAGCUCAGUCAGAUCGUCAAGCUUGUGCAGGAUGCGCAAACUACGCGUGCGCCCAUUCAGCGACUUGCCGACACCCUUGCUGGUUAUUUCGUCCCCAUGAUUCUUAUCCUCGGUUUCUCUACCUUCCUCUGCUGGAUGGUUCUCAGCCAUGUUCUCUCAAACCCACCUAAGAUAUUCCUCCAGGAUUCAAGCGGCGGCAAGAUCAUGGUUUGCGUUAAGCUUUGCAUCUCCGUCAUCGUUUUUGCAUGCCCUUGCGCCCUGGGUCUAGCCACACCCACAGCCGUUAUGGUUGGCACUGGCGUUGGUGCUGAAAAUGGUAUUCUGAUCAAGGGUGGUGCUGCUCUCGAAAGAGCCACAAAAGUGACACAGGUUGUUUUCGACAAGACCGGUACUAUCACCCAUGGCAAGAUGAGCGUUGUUGAGUCAGUCCUUGAAACUGGCUGGUCUGAUAAUGAGUGGCGUCGUCGGCUAUGGUGGGCCAUUGUUGGCCUUUCUGAGAUGGGCAGUGAACACCCUAUUGGCAAAGCUAUUGUCGCUGGAGCCCGUCGCGAGCUCGAUGUUGAGGUUGACGGUGUCGUCGAAGGAAGCGUUGGCGAGUUCAAGGUUACUGUUGGCAAGGGUAUCAACGCUCUGGUUGAGCCUGCGUCAGCUGUUGAUCGUAAUCGUUAUCGUGCGCUGAUUGGCAAUGUGACCUUUUUGCAGAACAACGGUAUUGAAGUUCCUGAGGAUGUCAUCGAAGCGUCUGAGCGCGUCGACUCGGGCGCGAACAAGGCCGGCACACCCGCAACUGGCACCACCUACAUCUUUGUGGCCAUUGAUGGCAAAUACAGCGGUCAUCUCGCUUUGGCCGAUUCCAUCAAGGAGGGUGCAGCAGCUACCGUCUAUGUCCUCCAUAAGAUGGGUAUCAAGACCGCCAUCAUCACCGGCGAUCAGCGCUCUACUGCUCUCAGUGUUGCUGCCGCUGUAGGAAUCUCACCAGAAAAUGUCUACGCCAGCGUGAGCCCCGACCAGAAGCAGGCUAUUGUUAAGGAAAUUCAGUCACAAGGCGAGGUUGUCGCCAUGGUAGGCGAUGGUAUCAACGACUCUCCUGCGCUUGCAACUGCAGAUAUUGGUAUUGCCAUGGCGAGCGGUACAGACGUUGCCAUGGAAGCUGCCGACAUGGUGCUCAUGCGCCCAACGGACCUGAUGGAUAUUCCAUCAGCGCUGCACCUCACCCGUUAUAUUUUCCGCCGCAUCAAGCUGAACUUGGCUUGGGCGUGCAUGUACAACGUUAUCGGUCUACCCAUAGCUAUGGGUUUCUUCCUUCCCGUCGGCUUCCAUAUGCAUCCCAUGAUGGCUGGUUUCGCCAUGGCGAGUAGCAGUGUCAGCGUCGUUGUGAGCAGUAUUAUGCUCAAGUUCUGGAAGCGACCUCGCUGGAUGGACGAGGCUGCCGCAGAACAACGUGGCGGUCUUCACUGGAAGAGUGGAAGAGGCGUUAUUGGCUGGAUGCGAGAGAUGCUGGGUAAGAGGAGGGUUAAGAAGGAGGAGGGAUACGUACCCCUGCAGAAUCUGGAUUCGGAAGCAUAA